AGAGAAGGGGGUGCGCAUUCCCACAUUGGCUGUUCAACCAACUCCAGGGCACUUUGCGGGACUCCAUAGCCGAACAUGGGGUUCAGUUUUGUCACCGUUUGCGUAAAGUGACUCCGAAGAAAAAAAAGAAAGUCAAUGGAAAAGCUCUUCUGAAGCAGGAUAAAGUGUUGGUUUUUGCGUAGAAUUCACUUAUCUCCAUCCGAGCGCGUCUGAGAAGAGAAAAGGGAGGCUUUACUGGAAACUCAGACUUUCGCAGUCCUUGGACGCUCUGAGCUCCUUCAGGGACUCUAGGAAUCAAGUCAGAAAGUUUCAUGCUGAAUAUUCCUGCAUAACCUGAAGUCCACGGUGUAAGGGGAGCAGUUGGUCUCGGAGCUCCAAUGCCAGUGGACAUGCAGCCACACCAGGGGCUGUAUCACUACGAGACCUCACCCAGCCAGCCCUCCAGAGGACUAGUCCCAUCUGACCAGUCGCCCUACAGUGAUGUAUCCUCACUGCGUGCCCCGCUCCUCAACGGCCCUCCUCAGGACUGCCGCACUAUGUAUAAUCCCAUGACUCCUAGUAUGGCUCAUGGCUCAGGACCAGGACAGGGGAUUGGCCACUGCAUGGAUCAAUAUAUGAGGCCCCCACACAGUAUGAUGGGCCACAGGGGCAUGCCGCUCACAGAGGGUGGCAAUAGCACCCCCUACUGUAACCAGAACAACAUGAUGUCCUCUCAUCACAACUUCUGCCAGAUUCAGCCUGCCUCUGAUCAGAUUGGCUCAGGCGAUGGCUCGAGGUUCUCCACUCCCCGUUCGAUGUUGAAGCUGAGUAAAAAGAGAGCUUUGUCUAUCUCUCCUCUGUCGGAUGCCAGUGUAGACCUUCAGACAGUGAUCCGGACUUCACCCAACUCCCUGGUGGCCUUUGUCAAUUCUCGGUGCAACCCCAACGGUGCCAGUUCUUAUGGCCAUCUCUCUGUGAGCGCCAUGAGCCCCUCACUCAGCUAUUCCAGCAAUAUAAACUGCCAGUCCAGGCAGCAAGGAUCCAUGUAUGGAGGAGGCGGGGGGCCACCUUUGGGUGGACAUACACCAGGUCCAUGCCAAGCUUCCCGCUUGCCUGCCCACAAUCCUCGACUCCAUGCCCCACCCAAGCAUGGACAUCUGAAGACAGAGCCAGGACUGGGGGGUGUAAUGGAUGGUAUGAAUGUGAAGAGCCUGGAGGAGAGGUCAGAGGGAGAUGUAGCCAGUCCCUCUUCCACUGGCACUCAGGACCCUCUACUGGGUCUACUGGAUGGCAGAGAUGACUUGGACAAGGAGGAUGGAAAGCCUGAACAAGAGGCCAUAUAUGAAACCAACUGCCACUGGGAGAGCUGCAACAAGGAAUUUGACACACAAGACCAGCUAGUUCAUCACAUUAACAAUGAACACAUCCAUGGAGAAAAGAAGGAGUUUGUGUGUCACUGGCAGGAGUGCUCUCGAGAACAGAGGCCUUUCAAAGCCCAGUAUAUGCUGGUAGUUCAUAUGCGCAGACACACAGGAGAGAAGCCACACAAGUGCACUUUCGAAGGGUGUAAUAAGGCCUACUCUCGUUUGGAGAAUUUGAAGACCCACUUGCGCUCUCACACUGGAGAGAAACCAUACGUGUGUGAACAUGAAGGCUGCAACAAGGCCUUUUCCAAUGCUUCAGACCGAGCCAAGCACCAGAACCGAACUCACUCCAAUGAGAAACCGUAUGUAUGCAAGAUCCCUGGCUGCACUAAGCGCUACACAGAUCCAAGUUCUUUGCGUAAACAUGUGAAAACGGUGCAUGGCCCUGAAGCCCACAUCACCAAAAAGCAUCGUGGUGACACAGGACCACGACCUCCAGGUUCAGCUAUGACUCCUGGAGGCCAGAGCUCUGAACUGCUGCUGGAGAAAGAGGAGACACGCAGGGAGGACUGCAAACUGUUGGCUCCAGAUACAGCUCUAAAAUCCCAGCCGAGUCCUGGUGGUCAGUCUUCCUGCAGUAGCGAACGUUCUCCACUGGGGAGUGCCAACAACAAUGACAGUGGGGUGGAGAUGAACCUGAAUGCAGCAGGCAGUCUGGAGGAUCUCACGGCACUGGAGGACGGAGUUGCAGGUGGAGGAGGAGGGGAGCCAGGAAGUGUAGGAGGAACAAUGGGAAUGUCAGCACAGGCUUUGAAGAGGCUUGAGAACCUGAAGAUUGACAAGCUGAAGCAAAUCCGCAGGCCAACACCUCCUGCCCGCUGCACCAAGCUACCUGCACUUCCUGGUCCAGGGGAGAAUAUGGGAAUGUGUGCACCUUCUCCACUCCUCUCAAAUCGACGAGUUAUGGAGCUGUCCAGUCAUGAUUUAGGAGGUGGUACAUCGAUUGGUUGUUCUUCUAAUGACAGGAGAGGAAGCGGCACCAGCAGCUUAAGCUCAGCAUAUACUGUCAGCCGUCGGUCCUCCAUGGUGUCACCUUACCUGUCCAGCAGGCGCUCCAGUGACGUCUCACAAAUGGGAGGAACAGCAGGUGGAGGAUGUCAUCUCCUCGGCCCAGAGUCGAGUGGAGCAGAUCCCCUCUCUCCGGAGACCAAUCGCAGAGGGGCUCCAUGUCCUGGAGGAGGAGGAUUGCCUGGUCUUCCUAAUUUAACACCUGCACAGCAAUACAGCCUAAAGGCCAAAUAUGCUGCAGCAACUGGUGGGCCACCUCCCACUCCAUUACCCAAUAUGGAACAGACAAGUACGUCAGGCAGAAGAGGAGGUAUUUUGAAUGAAUACCAGGGGCAACCUCUGCCUCCUUUCCUUCAACAAUGUGGUCCACGUAGGCACAGUGCCAACACAGAGUAUGGCACUGGUGUUAUCUACCCUCACCAGGCUCCUGGUAACAAUAGCAGACGGGCCAGUGACCCCGUUCGAUCAGCAGCAGACCCACAAGCUCUCCCUAAGCGCUUCAAUAGCCUUAAUAAUGUAUCCAUGAUGGGCCGAAGAAAUGCGCUACAACACCGCGGUUCUGACACCAGUCUUGCCCGCCACAUGUACUCCCCUCGGCCACCUAGCAUCACAGAGAAUGUAAUGAUGGAGGCUAUGGGCAUGGAGCCCCACCUUGCUCCUGUUGAGGCCAGGGAUCGUUCCUUGAUGAUGCCCCCUGGAGAGAGAAGCUUCAUUGGAUACCAGCAACAGCAUCAGACUGUUGGAGGAGUUGGGGGUGUAGGUCCUCUUUCAAACCAACUGUCCCCAAGCCAUGAUUCUCUGAGCUGCCCUGACCAGGCUUACAUGCAGGGGCACUACCAAAACCAGGGCAGUGAAGUCACUUCCAGGGCUGGUGGAAAUUCAGUAGGGCAAGCAAGGCCUAUUCACUCAGAGGGCAUGUCGAAUACUCUUCUCCAACAGGCCGAGUACAGUAUGAGCACCUGCCAGCUCAGUCCUUCAGGUCCCCACUACCCUAGCAUUGGCCAGGGUGGUGACGCUGGGGGCCCUUGGAGUGAUACCCACAGCCAAAUCCAAACUUCCAGUCAUGCUCUCCAGAACCCGCGAGGAAUGCAGUAUUCAGAUCCUAGCCUGCGAUCUCAACAGACACAGGGCCACUACAGCAAUCAGCCAGGCCUCUACACCAGUCCUGAUGGAACCCACAAACUCAACAUUAAGCCUGAGCAGCAGUUCCACCCUGGGAUGGGUGGUGGUGAUGCUUGUCAAAGUGCUAAGCUCCAACAGCAGCGGAUGCUUCUCCAGCAGACUCAAGGUUACCCACAACAGACAGGCCAGGUCAUGAUGAGAAACUCUAACAAUCCCAGCUGUGACUUUCAGGGGCAAAACCAGAACUCCUUCUCUAGCGGAGGGGGCUUGAGCUUGGGCUGUGCUGGUACUUCACUUUCAGAUGGGCAGAGAUCAGAAACCCCCAUGAUGCAGGUGAAGGAGAUGAUGGUGAGGAACUAUGUACAGUCCCAGCAAGCACUCAUGUGGGAGCAGCAACAAGAACAGCAGCAGCAGAGCGGAAUAAAACCUCCUCCGCUGUCUGAUAACGUGGAUAUGGCUGGCCAGGCAGCAAUGAUGCAGCACAGUCCACAGCACCAAAACCAGAAUCUUUACUCCAACCAGGCCUAUCCGUCCUAUUCCAACCAGAACAUGGUCAUGAGCCCUCCAGCCCACAGCCGAGCAUCUAGCUCUGUGGCAGCUAAAGAUCAGCAGCUGACCGGUCUCCAAGGCUCAUGUUAUGGCCAGGAGAUGGUGGUCCCUAGGCCUCCUCAGGGACGGAAACCUCUCAGCCGUCAGAACAGCAUGUCACAGGUAGGAGGAGUCUACUUGGGCAGCCCACCCCACCUCAGUCCAGUCCACUCCACUUCCAGCCCCAGGCGAGGGGUCCGGCUUCCUCCAGUUCAGCAUCCACAGCUCCCACAAAAUGAAAUGUUCUCUCCUUCGGAUAACAACAACAUGUACUACUCAGGUCAGAUAAACAUGGAUAUGGAGAAACACAUGGACCCCCAGAAUGGACCUUGUCUCAACCAGCAGCACAGUAUGGGGUCCAACCUGGACCCAGCUGGUGGCUCAAAGUCUGCCCCCUUGGGUCCCUUUCCCGAAUCUGGCCCCAUCUCCAACGCCUUAGAAAACCUGGAUCUGGAUAAUGCCCGCAUAGACUUCACCUCCAUCAUUGAUGAUGCUGAGUCUUCCUCGUUCAGCCCAGUCAACAAUCCACUUCAGAGUCAACCAGGGUCUUCCUCCCAGGCCUCAUCCCGCCUCACCACCCCCCAGACCUCUGUCAGCCUAGCUGCAGGCUCUGGCCUGUCCAACAUGGCAGUGGGUGACAUGACGUCUAUGCUUACCUCACUGGCUGGGGAAAAUAAAUACCUGAACACACUGUCUUAGAAGACGACUUUGGGCCAUCAAGUAACAAUCAAGUACAGGCCUCAGCCAGUUUUUACCAGUUCUCUGAUUAAACUGAGAACCCAUAUAGAAAUGUAUGUAGCUCGGUAUCCAGAGAUUUCCAGCCUGGAGGUUUAAACACUUCAAGUCCUGUAGCUUAUAGUGAUUUUCCUUGGUACAUUGCAAGAAACCCAAAAUAGGAUAAUAUAGGCCUUUUAAUUUAUCAUUUCAUAUACUGAAUAAUUAGUAUGAACUGUAUUACACACCCCACUCACCAUUAGCCUUUAUUGAUAAACCUAACAUAUUGACCCUGACUCCUAUUCAAGCCAGGGGUCUGUCACUAUAAGUGUAUGUUGUAAUGUGUUUCAGUGGUAAAUUGAGAUUAAGCUACUAGUGUGAUCCCAUCACAGGCUUCAAAAUUGAUUCUCCACCCAAAAUCUUAAAACCAAAGGUGCCUGAUCAACCCCCCUCACUGUAUUCUGCCUUUGCUGCAUUGGUACUUGGUAUUUUUCUGUGCCUUACUAUAAAAAUAUGCCUGAUAUGAAACUGAUACUGAACUUUUUCCAAACAGGCAUUCCAGUCAUGUAGGGCUGUGGCCACAGUGGAGCAGAGAAGGAUGGAUGUAAAUAAGUUUUAUAUACAUUUAUAUUAUGUUGUGUAUAUGACAAUGAAUCAGUGGAUAAAUCAUCCCCUGUCUUGUGAUGGAUUGUUUCGAUUCUGAAAGCCAGUGUUCAGACAGGAGUUUGUAAGAUGGUUGUUGGAAGGGCUGAGUGAAGACAAAGACGUACUUUUAGUGAUGGAGAAAUAAUUUCUCGGUGCUACUAAAUAUUAAUCUGUAUUGCUAGGGAUUUCUUACUUGUCAUGAACAACAAACUCUUUAUAGUGGCAUAUCAGUAUUUCCACACAUGCACAAAUGCAGUCACACAUGCAUAUUGCCUACUCAUAGACACUCAGGACUUGUUGGUGUUUGAAUCUUUGGUGUUCCAAUUGCAUGUGUUUUGUAAUUGCCUUUCCAGAUAGAGAGUUUGCACUUCACAUGUUUACUGUAAGUGUUCUUAAAGCAGCUGUGUACUUUUUUUUCAGUGGUGUUUAUAACUGUAAAUCAGGAAGGGCCUCGAUCUUAGGUACAUACAUGGGGGAUAAUGAAUAAAGCCCGAAUACAAUAUGUGUGCAAAAAUCCCCUCUACAUUACGCUUUGUCUGACAUAUUAAAACUUAAUGCCUUCGCUCAACAUUAACCCAGCCUAUGCUUUGUACAUGACUCAGCUGAGGAUGACAGCUAUGUUGAAUGAAACCAGACUCAGUUGGUAAUAUCAGUGUCAGUAAUAUAUUUGAACAAUUAAGGUACAUUUACAGUACAGUGUUGCUGCACUUUGGCUCUAAUCCCAAAGAGGAGUUGUUUAGACAAAUCUGGAUUACUAAUUUAGGGCAGGAGAUCAAGAUGUGACAAAUGCAUUACUCAGUACCACUGUAUUAAAAUACAUGUUGCUCUGUGCACACUGAGGUACUUUUGUGUAACUGUUGAGCUGAAUCUUACAGAAGAAGGCUGCCGCUCUUGGUAGGAGAACUGAUUUUACACUGUGGCUUUGCACUGACUACAGCACUGUGUGGAAAGGUCUCUGUCUCUGAGGACUAUUCAGAUGAACCUCAUUUUGAUAGCAAUGAAGAAUCAUCACAGUAUUUUUUUAAUAGUCAUUCAAGAACACAUCUGAGCACAGCUAGACCCACUAAGGCCACAUUUAAGUAUAGCCGAAGCGUUUUAUGUGACUUUUCAGAAUAUUUACUAAGUAUUAGCAGGAAUGAACAUUUCUUCAUUUUGUAAAAAGUGUACAACCUACCAAAGACACCUUAAAAUGACUGAGAAAAAGAUGCACAAAUUAUUACAAAUUAACACAACACUAACACUAGAGAUAAGGGCAUGAACUUUGACUGAUAGUGCUGUUCUUUAGAAUGUAUGAGAUGUUUUGUAUAAAAGUAUCUUUUUAUAUUAAUGAUCUUUAUGGAUGUUGCCUUCUCUCUGUGUGUGCGUGUGUUAUUUUUUUAUAACUGUCAUCCUUCAUUCUGACUUUUUUGCUGGCAAAAGAAUAUCACCUUUAGCAACGGAAAGCUAUAAUAGUAUAGCAUUAACUAUAAUAGACAAAAGCCAAGUGUUAUAUUUUGUGUACAAUUUUCUACAUUUUUAUACAAAUGUGCUAUAUUUUACCGGUUUAUGAAUAAACUUGUUCAGUGGGAUGGAUACAGAA